AUGGAGCAGGCUGUGGAGAAACUCAAAGAAGCAGCACACGCUGGUAACACAGAAUUGUUGCUGCAGCUACAUCGACAACAUCCCCUGCUUAUUGACAGAAUCAUCGUUGGUUGUUUCGGCGAGACGCCUCUGCACGUGGCAGCACUGCUCGGCCAUUCCGAGCUGGCCAGGGUGCUUGUGGAUCUAAAACCGGAGCUAGCCGAAGCUUUAGAUUCAAGUAGAUCGACGCCUCUUCAUUUGGCAUCGGCCAAAGGGGACAUCCAGAUUGUGCGUCAUUUGGUCUCUACCAAGCCCGAGAUGUGCUCGGUUCUGAAUGGAGAGGGGUUAAACCCGCUGCACCUUGCAGCCAUCAAGGGUAAAGUAGAGGUUUUGAGAGAGUUGGUCCGAACCAAGCCAGAAGCGGCUCGGGCCACUUCUAGCCAGGGGAAACCAUCCUGCACCUGUGCGUCAAGUACUUUCAGAUGGAGGCUCUAA